CGCCAAUCGUGAUGUGCCACACCAACACAUGGUGCUCCGGCGGCACGGAGUUUCGCGGAGUGUGUCGCAGAGGACGGUGUCACGCUCGGCUUUUUGUUGAUUUAAAUAGGGCUGCGAUGCGCGAGCGUGUGUUCUGAAUGGUGUACAGCUGAGAGUCGCCCCCUCCGAGUACGUCGUGUGUCGUCGCAAGACUCGAACGCAAGAUGGGAUUCUCACAGAGAGGCAUAUCGAUGGCGUCGCUCUCCUUGCUCCUAAUCGCCACUUUCAUCGGCAUCAGCGAGGAAAUUGCCGUUAUGAGCAUCGACCUUGGUAGCGAGUGGAUGAAGGUCGCUAUCGUCUCGCCUGGUGUUCCUAUGGAAAUAGCUUUAAAUAAGGAGUCGAAGAGGAAAACGCCGGUCGUGAUUGCGUUCAGGGAUGGGGAGAGAUCGUUUGGCGAGGACGCCCAAGUGAUUGGAGUCAGAUUUCCACAGAACACCUUCUUUUACAUUCUAGAUCUUCUAGGAAAGCCUAUAGACAAUCCACUAGUACAACUCUACCGAGAUAGAUUUCCCUAUUAUGAUAUCGUUGCGGACGAUGAAAGGAAAACUAUAGCAUUUAGAUUAAAUGAAAACACGACGUACACUCCGGAGGAAUUGAUCGCGCAGAUAUUGCACAAGGGCAAGGAGAUGGCGGAGGCCUCCGCCCAUCAGAAGAUCAAUGAAGCCGUCAUCACUGUGCCAGGAUUCUUUAAUCAGGCCGAGAGGCGAGCCUUGAUUCAAGCGGCGGAGCUCGCGGGAUUGAAAGUGUUACAACUCAUAAACGAUUAUACGGCGGUCGCUCUGAACUACGGCGUGUUCGGCAGAACCGAGAUCAACGAUUCUGCUCAUUACAUUAUGUUCUACGACAUGGGAGCCAGUAGUACCACCGCGACGGUCGUCAGCUAUCAAAAUGUAAAAACGAAGGAAAGAGGUUUCCUAGAGACCAAUCCUCACGUUACCGUGCUGGGCGUGGGGUACGAUCGCACGCUAGGCGGAUUGGAAAUGCAAAUCAGAUUGCAGCAUUACUUGGCGCAAGAGUUUGACGCUCUCAAAAAGACACCGAACUCGGUGUUCAAGAGCCCGAGAGCGAUGGCAAAGCUCUUCAAGGAAGCUGGACGCGUCAAAACUGUACUUAGUGCCAACGCGGACCACUUUGCUCAGAUAGAAAGUUUAAUAGACGAUAUCGACUUUAAAUUGCAAGUCUCGAGAGAGAAACUGGAGGAAAUAUGCGCCGAUUUGUUCAAGCGUGUAGCGAAUCCUGUUAAGAUUGCUCUGGAAACUUCAGGUUUAUCAAUGGAUAUUAUAUCGCAUGUUGUAUUGGUGGGAGCAGGUACUCGCAUGCCAAAGGUACAAGAGACAUUGUCCCAAUACGUAAAAACUGAAUUAUCAAAAAAUGUAAAUACGGAUGAGGCAGCUGCUUUAGGGGCUGCGUACAAGGCGGCUGAUCUUAGUCAAGGUUUCAAGGUCAAGAAAUUUGUUACAAAAGACGCUUUAUUAUUGCCGAUUCAAAUCACUUUUGAUAGAACUGUUGAUAAUAAAGUCAGACAGGUGAAGAAGACGUUAUUUGGCAGAAUGAAUCCUUUCCCACAAAAGAAGAUUAUUACAUUUAAUAAGAACAUGAAUGAUUUUGAUUUUCAUGUGAAUUAUGCCGAAUUGGAUUAUUUGCCUGCUAAGGAGAUAAAUUCUAUUGGUGAUUUACAUAUAUCUACUGUAUCGCUGAAUGGCGUAGCUGAGGCUUUAGAGAAGCAUGCCAACGAAGGCGGCGAGAGUAAAGGAAUCAAAGUGCACUUUAAUAUAGACGAGAGCGGCGUACUGAACUUAUUGACUGUAGAAUUAGUUUCCGAAAAAUCGAGUAUUGUUGAUGAAGAAGAGGGUACUUUCUCAAUACUUGGCUCAACUAUUAGUAAAUUCUUUGCAGGUUCUUUAGAGAAAGAAACAGAAGAAAAAACGGAAGAGCCGCCAAAAGAGGAUAUAAAGCCAGUUCAUGAAGAAUCAGAAUUUUCGGAGCAGACAAAAGAGGCAGAGGAAAAGGAGAAGGAGAAAAAGAAAAGCGAGACGAAAGUGAAUGAAGAUAAGGCUUCAAAUAAAACUGAGAAGGCGGAGAAAGAGAAGAAGGCUACGAUCGUUCAGAUCAAAGAGCCUAUCAGUUCGAAAGAGAUCAAAUUUGGAUCGCAAAUCUUGUCUGGUGAAAAACUCGUAGAAUCUCAAGAAAAGAUACAUCGUUUGGAUGUGCACGAUUCGGAGAAAACACGCCGUGAGACUGCGUUAAAUAAUCUCGAAUCAUACGUAAUUGACGCACAGCAGAAUUUUGAUUCCAACGAAUUUUCGGACGCAGCUACCGAGAAGGAAAUCGAGGACAUUCGAAAAGCAUGCGCCGAUAUCUCCGAAUGGUUGUACGAGGACGGGUUCACCGCAACUGCGGAGGUAUACGAAGAAAAGUUGAUGGAACUGAAAAAAUUAACCAACGACGUGUACGAAAGAGUCUUCGAGUUCAGAGAUCGACCGGAAGUUCUAAAUGGAAUGGUUACUCUACUCCAAGGCAGUAAAUUGUUUCUAGAAAAUAUGCGUAACUUGAGUUUAACUACUGAAGUUAUUACGCCUGUUGAAGUCGAGACAUUAGAAAAAGUGCUCAAUGAAACACAGGACUAUCAUGAAACAAUUAAAAAAUAUUUUGCGAAUGCGCCGCUAAACAUACCAGUAAAAUACAAGGUUCGCCAUAUUGCGAAUAAAAUGGAGUUACUCGAUCGAGAGAUUAAAUACCUUCUGAACAAAGUAAAGAUUUGGAAACCAAAACAGGAAGCUGCGGCGAAUCAAACGACAGAUAAGGCCGAGCGCACGAUAGAGGAAAACGAAGAUUCUACAACGGAUUCCGAUAAAGACAAAUCUGCAGAAGAACAACCGUCCGAUAAUUUGGAGAAACAAGAGCAACCGAAAUUGGAGACAACGGAUACCCCGCAGGAUCCGGUACUUCUGCCGGAAAGCGAGAAACCGUUAACUAAAGAGGAAGUGCAAGAAGAAACGCAUCAAGAACUAUAAGAAAUAAUUUAUUUAAAAAGAGUGUGAUUCUCUGUUAUUGAUCGACGAUACCCGUCGAUUUAGGCAAUUUUUCUGUAGAUUACUUUUCGUCAGAUGCGCAUUUAAAAAGCGGAAAUUCACUUAUGCGUUGCCGUUGAAUAAGUUAUUCUACAAAUGUGAAUAUAAAACUGUUCCCAUUUAAUUAAUAAUAUGUAUUUAUAUACGGGAUGUGGUUUUACCGUUCGUUCAUUCUAUCAUUGACGGAAAGUUAUUGCAAGAGUGUUAAUCUUAUCAAUGAAUGCUCGAGAUAAUAAUUAUGUUACACAAGUGCCAAGCAAUAGCAAAUCUCGACAAUUGAUUUGUGUUUCAUAACGAACGCGUAUAAAAUAGGCCAGUUCCGUAAGGGAUUUAUCUUGUGUCUUUACAUUAUACAAAAUUUGUGACUUUACAUGUAAAAUGCUUCUGCUGCAAGUAUAUAUAUACAUCUUUUACUUAUGAAUUAUCACGCUAAUAUAAAGUUGCAGUAUAAAGCAUAUUAUUGCUUGUAAAAACACGAAUUAUAACGUAUAUAAAAUAAUGUUUGUUCAUAAAGCGAUUCUUGCAUAUCUUUCAGGGAGUGGAUCUUUUCAUGUAGCAAGGAGUCUUAGCGUUUUCGCAGAUGUAUAUCAGUAGUUUUCGAAUGAAUUUACAUUACAUUGAUUUGUAUAUUUUUUUUUUAUAAAGGAAGAUUCACAUAAAUCUUUCAAUUUUUUUGUCAUUUAUAAUAUACUUAAAAAAAAGUGACACACAUUUCAGAUAUUCUAAUAUACAUUUCUUAAAGAAGUUAGAUAGAAUAUAUAUAGAAUAUUAGUCAUUUUGUAAAUAUAUAUUUAACGAUUUGCACAAUGCGAAAUAGAUAAAGGUCGGCCCCUUGAGAAUUAUAAAAUAAAAUUGUGCUUCUUUUCAGCU